UAUUCGCAUUUCAGUUGCAGGCGUUGCACAAUGGCGGACGAACAGGAAGUGCAGCAACUGGAGUUGCUGUGUACUCAAUUAUAUGAAUCACAAGAUUCAACUCAUCGUGCUGAAGCUGAAAAAGCAUUAGUUGGUUUUCAAAAUGCACCUGAUACAUUGACCAAGUGUCAAUUGCUACUUGAUCGUGGUGAUUCAGCUUAUGCACAACUAUUGGCUGCUACAACACUCACAAAACUUGUAUCAAGAUCAGCACAAGGUUUGAGUCUUCAACAAAGACUUGAUAUACGAAAUUAUGUACUCAAUUAUUUGGCAACACAGCCAAAACUGCCAAAUUUUGUUAUUCAAGCAUUGGUUACAUUAUUUGCACGAAUAUCAAAAUUAGGCUGGUUUGAUUCGGACAAGGAUGAUUAUGUUUUUCGUAAUGUUGUUGGUGAUAUAUCAAAAUUUCUUCAGGGUUCAGUUGAACACUGUAUGGUUGGUGUACAAUUAUUAUCACAAUUAACAUGUGAAAUGAAUCAAAUAUCAGAAGCUGAUGCAAAUAGAUCAUUAACAAAACAUAGAAAAAUUGCUGCUAGUUUCAGAGAUACACAAUUAUUUGAAAUAUUUAGAUUAUCAUGCUCAUUGCUUAGUACUGCUAGGGAUAAUUGUAAAAAUUUAAAUUUCAAUGACGAAGCACAGCAUGGUUUAAUGACACAGCUUCUUCGUUUGGCACGCAAUUGCCUGACAUUUGAUUUUAUUGGAACUUCAACUGACGAAAGUUCUGAUGAUUUAUGUACAGUACAAAUACCAACAAGUUGGCGUCCAGCAUUCCUUGAUUUUACAACAUUAAAAUUAUAUUUUGAUCUUUAUCAUAAUUUACCAACAACACUGAGCUCAUUGGCAUUAUCAUGUCUUGUACAAAUAGCAUCAGUAAGACGUAGUUUAUUUUCACAUACUGAAAGAGCAAAAUUUUUAACACAUUUAGUUAAUGGAGUUACAAAUAUAUUACAAAAUCCACAAGGUUUAAGUGAUUCAAAUAAUUAUCAUGAAUUUUGUAGAUUAUUGGCUCGACUUAAAAGUAAUUAUCAACUUGGUGAAUUAAUAAUGGUUGAAAAUUAUCCAGAAGCAAUUGGUCUUAUUGCAAAAUUUACUGUUCAAAGUUUACAAGUAUGGCAAUUUGCACCAAACAGUAUACAUUAUUUAUUAAGUUUAUGGCAACGUAUGGUUGCAUCAGUACCAUAUGUACGUGCAACUGAACCACAUUUACUUGAAACAUGGACACCAGAAGUUGCAAAUGCAUAUAUAACAUCAAGAUUAGAAUCAGUAACUGUUGUUGUACGUGAUGGUCUUGAGGAUCCACUUGAUGAUCUUGGUAUGGUACAACAACAACUUGAACAAUUAUCUGUUAUUGGACGUUGUGUUUAUCAAAAAACAUGUACAUUACUUGUACAAUUAUUUGAUCAAUAUGCACGACAAUAUCAAGAAUUAUUAAGUCAAACAGCAACAUCAACACAACAAAUAAAAAUUAAAAUACAAGAAGGACAAUUAACAUGGCUUGUUUAUAUUAUUGGUAGUGCUGUUGGUGGACGUGUAUCAUUUACAAGUAAUGAAGAACAUGAUGCAAUGGAUGGUGAACUUGUUUGUAGGAUAUUACAAUUAAUGAAUUUAACUGAUUCUGGUUUAAGUCAAGGUGGUUGUGAAAAACUUGAAUUAGCAAUGUUAAGUUUUUUUGAACAAUUUCGUAAAAUAUAUGUUGGUGAUACAAAUUCAAUACAAAAAAAUUCCAAAGUAUAUAGAAGACUGUCUGAAGUACUUGGUCUUAAUGAUGAAGCUAUGGUAUUAAGUGUAUUUAUACGUAAAAUAAUAACAAAUUUAAAAUAUUGGGGACGUAGUGAACAAAUAAUAUCAAAAACAUUACAAUUAUUAACUGAUUUAUCUGUUGGUUAUAGUUGUGUUAGAAAAUUGGUUAAACUUGAAGAAGUACAAUUUAUGUUAAAUAAUCAUACUAGUGAACAUUUUCCAUUUUUGGGUAAUAGUGUUGCUGUUACUGAAAUGCGUUGUCGUACAAUGUUUUAUACAUCAUUGGGUAAAUUAUUUAUGGUUGAUCUCGGUGAAGAUGAAGAAAGAUUUCAUACAUUUAUGUUACCAUUAACAGCAUCAUUAGAAACAAUUGGUCAAUUAAUGAGAGCUGCUGAUACACCAUUAUUUUCAGCAGAAGAAGCUAAAAAAGCUAUUAUUGGUAUUGCUAGAGAUUUACGUGGUCUUGCAUAUGCAUUUAAUACAAAACCAUCAUAUAUGAUGUUAUUUGAUUGGGUUUAUCCAAAUUAUUUACCAAUUUUAUUUAAUGCUAUUGAAUUAUGGCAUCAUGAUCCACAAGUAACAACACCUGUAUUAAAAUUGUUUGCUGAAUUAGUACAAAAUCGUAGUCAACGUUUACAAUUUGAUGUAUCAUCACCAAAUGGUAUAUUAUUAUUCAGAGAAGCAAGUAAAGUUAUAUGCAGUUAUGGUAAUCAUAUAUUAAAUGUUGAAGUACCAAAAGAUCAAUUAUAUCCACUCAAAUUAAAGGGUAUAAGUAUAUGCUUCAGUAUGUUAAAAGCAGCUCUAUGUGGAAGUUAUGUUAAUUUUGGUGUAUUUAGAUUGUAUGGUGAUGAAGCAUUAGAUAAUGCACUAAAUACAUUUGUUAAAUUACUUUUGAGUAUACCACAAAGUGAUUUAUUGGACUAUCCAAAAUUAUCAGCAACGUAUUAUGUACUGUUGGAAUGCCUUGCCCAGGAUCAUAUGGUAUUUUUAUCAACACUGGAACCACGUGUAUUUUUAUACAUUCUAUCAAGUAUCAGCGAGGGCCUCACAGCAUUAGGUGCGCUUAAAGACUCAUAUACAGACACUAUGGUUUGUACAGGUUGUUGUGCAACAUUAGACCACAUUGUGUCAUAUUUAUUUAAACAAUUAUCACAAAAAGCUAGUGUUUAUUCAGCUAAAAAAAAUUCAUCUGGUCAAGCUGGUGGUGAUUUAUUUUUACAAGUGCUUAAACAACAUCCAGAAAUACUUCAACAAAUACUCAGCACAGUUCUCAAUGUGAUAAUGUUUGAGGAUUGUAGAAAUCAAUGGAGUAUGUCUAGGCCACUACUUGGUCUUAUUUUAUUAAAUGAAGAGUAUUUUGGCCAAUUACGAGAAAAUAUUAUAAGAAGCCAACCAGUUGAUAAACAAGGAGCAAUGGCACAAUGGUUUGAAAAUCUCAUGGAUGGUAUUGAGCCAAAUUUAUUAUCAAAAAAUAGAGACAGAUUUACACAAAAUCUUUCAAUGUUUCGAAGGGAUAUUAAUGACUCUCUAAAAGGUCCAAACACAUCAUCAAAUUCUGGCAAUGACAUGAUGACCUCGUAGUCCCAUCAACAGCUAUUAAAUUCUAAUAAACUUGGCUAGUUUUUUUAUUUGUUAAUUUAAAAAAAAAAGAAAAAACUAAUUAACAAACAAACUAAGAAUACGAAGAACUCAGAAAACAAUUGUAUGUAUGUAUAUGUGUGUUCGUGUUGUGUGUAUGCUGUAAGAUUAAUGCAUAAGUGAAAAUUGAACAUAAAAAAAAAAUUGUUUUCUAAUUCUUUUUUUUUCUUUUCAUCACUAUUUGUUUUUUUUUUUUUUUUUUUCUUUUUUUCAUUUUUAAAUUACCAUAAAUUUUCUAUUGCCAUAAAGCAGUGUGUAACAUUUACAAUGCAUAUGUGUUGGACUUUGCGGCCUUAAAAAUCGCUGUUUGUGGCUCGAAACAAAAAAAAAAAAAAUUAAAAACAGGGCAC